UAAAUUGCAGAAAAAAAACUUAAAAAAAGUAGUGACUGAAAAGAAGAGAAAAAAUCAGUUAAAUUUUGGAAAAUUUAAAUUAGAGUUAUCAUAAAAAAAAGCUCAAUCAAAAUAUAAAAAGAUGGCAAGUAGAAGUGGGACUAUGGGAGUUUCAAGUUUCCCUUCAUCACCUUCUCAUUUUAGUAGCAAAGCAAGAGCCUCUUCUUCCAUCUCUUUGCAGAUUCCUAGUAGGUUGACCACAUCAAGAAGAAGUAUCACAUGUUGUGUGCAAGAGUCAUCUACUUCCACUUCCACAAUUGCUGCUGAUGCAAAAGAAGUAAAGAGCGUUGAAGAAAAGGCGGAAACACCACCGUCAUCACCACCACCGCCGCCAGCAAAGGCUAAACCGGCGGCAAAAGCGAAAGCUGUUGUGAAGCCUCUGCCUGAGUUGAUGGAGGAAGAUGUAAUUCCUUCACUCAAAGCAAUUCUUGAAACCGAGCAACAUCUUAUUCAACUUCAACUAUCUUUCAAUGACAACACAUUGGAAGGCUCCUUUAAAAAGAAUGAGAUUCCAUACUCCUUUUGGGCAUUCUUCCCAGAUGGACUUGCAGGUCCAAAAGGGUUUGCUACAUCCGCAUAUGGCUCAGAAGUGAGCACGGUCGAACCUUUUCUUAUUGACGAGAAGAAAAUUACAGGAAAACUUAUCGUCUUCUGGGUGCAAAAGCGUUUGGCAGCUCAAGGGAUCAUCUGAUACAUAGUGUAGAAUUUUCACAUUCUUCCCAGACAAUGUCAACAUAAUAGAUAACCAUUGUAACAAACCCUUUGUCAGGCUUAAUCAAUCUCUUGAUUACAUGAAAGACAAAAGAGCAAAAACCGAAAUAAACCGUCAAAUUUAGUUUGAGCA